AUGACCAAGGUACCAGCAGCCAAGAAGACACAGAGUCCCCCCAGUGCCGGGGCCAUGUGGCCCUUCUAUGCUCAGGAACAACAGCCAACACCGUCUUCCCAUCAGACUCAAGACAAGCCGAUGAAGAGCAUCCAAUACAUGGACAAGGAAAUAGUGAGCCUCAAGAAAGACCUUAUGCGAAGUCGCUUACUGAUCCGGUCUGUGAAGAUAGGUCAUGGAUAUUUUAACCUUCUGAAAGAGGAAACCGCAAUGAAAAAAAGGCAGCAGCUGCUUCAGAAGCUGGAGGAGGAAGAAAGAAAUAAAUUCCAACCAGCCACAAAGUUCUCAGAAAUACAAUUAGGCGAAGACUUGCUGGGCGCCACCGACGUGGAGAAGUACAAGAAACUGGCGACCUGCGAGAUGCUGCGUCCCUUCACGCCCAUCCACAGCUGCAUCAUCUCUCCCCUGCUGCCGGACGCCCACGUUGAGCCCCUCUUCCGCCAGCUCUGUGCCCUCCACUGGCUUCUGGAGGCCCUGACCAUUGACCAUGCCCACCACACCAUGAAACCAGUGAUCACCUGCUGGAAUCCCAAAGACCCAGGAGGAAGCAAGAGCUCAAUAAAAAAGAUCAAUAAGGACAAGUUCAUGGGGCAGAGGUGGGAGCAAUUCGUCACGGCACCAAAGACCAAGAAAUUCAAAAUCCCUAUGAUGCGUAUUGCCACCAGAAAACCCAGCCGCCGAGGCUCCACCCUCAGCCUGUCUCGGACCAGCGGGGGGUCCUCUGCUCAGAGCAGCAUGGUUUCUGUGAACCCCGGUUCUGAUGAGCCCCCAAGUGUUAUUACCCCUGCAACUGGCAGCAAAGACAUUGAGGAUAAUGAAUCAACUUCAACCAAGCCAGAUGAUGAGCCUCUUCAUAUCCAUCUGCAGAAGCUCCUGGAAAUGGUUCGAGAAGAGGCGAAGAGGACCAUGUUGAUGGAGAGUGAAAUGCAAAGAAAAGUGCCCAGCAUCCUGUCUGUGCUCAAGCAAACCAAGAGCGAUUCUGCCUUGAAGGAGGGACAGACGCCUGUCAAGUCAAGUGAGAGGUCCAGCUCCAGCAGCGUGGACAGCCAUUCCCAGGUGGUCCAGAAGAAAUCAAAAGUCCGGGCGAACCGAGAUCUCAUCCAGUCUAAGAGUGGGGUCUGUAGCAUCAUGAGAGCCAAGUUCUACAGCAUCGCCCAGGAAGCCAGCUACUGCCUUCAGGACAAGAUGGAAAUCUUCAUGAAGCGCCAGGAGGAGAGGGGUCUCCAGAAGUUCCACUCUUUUGUCCUAGUCUCCAGUUUCCAGAAAGACCUGGCGAAGAUGAGACACCAGAUCUCUGUAGUGAAGGGGGAUGCGGAUGAGAUGGCAGACCACUGGUACUUCGACCUAUUGUCCAAACUCCCUGAGGAUCUAAAGAGCUUCCGCCCUGCCAAAAAGAUCCUGGCAAAACUUCAGAAGUUUGGGGAGAACCUGGACCUAAGGAUCCGGCCUCACAUCCUCCUGAAGGUGCUGCAGGAUCUGAGGAUCUGGGAACUGUGUUCCCCGGACAUCGCUGUGGCUAUCGAGUUUGUGCGAGAACACAUCAUUCAUAUGCCCCACGAGGAUUACAUCACCUGGCUGCAGAGCAGGAUCAACAUUCCCAUCAGGACCCAGAAUGCCCUGAUAUAG